AUGGAUUUACUUCGCCUUUUUGAAAGAUUCCAAAAAGAUGGUCAAAAGUCAAUGGUUACAUUAUGUGACAUUGAGACGUCUGAAAACAUAGACAUAUCAUCUUUAGAGCUGAUGGAGACUGAUUAUUAUCCUGGAGGUAAGGAGGAAGAACUAAAUAAGUUUUUAGAUGUUAAAAUAUCCGAUAACAGCGAUGAAAUAAACAAUGGUAAUAUUAGUUCUAAGAAUCAUAGAAAAAAUCGGAAUGUAUAUGUUUCUACGAAGUGCUGUGUAACCAGCGUUAGAACGGAAAUAGUGAAAAGCGCAAAGGAAUUUUUAAGUAAUAUACUUGCCGAUGAUCAAUCAAGUAUUAUACAACGAUUUACAACUUUUUUAAGUGCGAGAUCGCCUCAAGAUACAAUCAAAGCGAUAAGAUGUGACAUUGAAGGUAUUUUCGGUAAUGAAAAUGUAACAACUUUUUGUGACGAAGUUAUUGGUUUAUAUGCAACAGAUAAACUUCCAUGUCCUAUUAACAUUACAGACCCAACAGGAAAAUUGUAUUACUAUUUAAAAAGAAGCAGCUCAACGAAAUUUUUUGCAAAAGUGGUACAAGCAUAUGCCACAAUAACACCACAUAGUUGUGGACUAGAACGUGCUGUAUCCUGCCACACUAUAUUGAAAACCAAUAAACAGUCUUGCUAUUCGAGGGAUGCAAUUAAUAGUAGGAUGUAUAUUGCUCUAAACAGCACUGGAACAGCGAAUUUCGAUCCUAGACCAGCAGUGGCUACGUUUAUAGGGCAUAAGGUGCAUUUACUUUGUUUGACCCAAAAUUUGGUUUCCAGACUCACAUACAUGUAUAUUUAA